CGUGCGGUGUGCGGCGGUUCGCUUCGAACUUUUCCCGCAAGAAAAGCGCCUCCUGGCUGCUGUGCCCUAAAAGAACGUCCUUGCUUCUUCCCUCUCUGCGCUUUCUCUCUCUAGUCACUGGACAUGGUGAACAUGGCGCUGCGCGUGGCGAUCAGAAAUGGGUUUGGUCGGUUGCGGGGCGUCCUUGCUCCUAGCUCUCUCCAGAGCCGUCAUCUCCUCCACCACUCUACUUCGGCGGCGGCCCGACUUCCACCUUUUUCUCCUUUGCGGAUAACACCAGUUAUGCAUUAUUCAGUUUUUGGGAACAUGCUUCAGAGAUUUGGUAUUUCUUCUUCUGCAUCACCUCAAGCUACUGAGAAACAUAACAAUCAUUCUUCAGUGGAUCAAAAUCCCAUCAAGGGCAAUGACGUCACCUCUCAAUCCAGCACCGGAGUUGCUAAUGCAGAAGGUGGGGAGGUUGACGUUACAGAGACUACAGAAAAGACAGGUUCAGAAUCGGAAACUGACUCUUCCAAGUCUAGGAAGAGGAGAAGAAGUACUAAACGGAUUGCGUUUUCUGAUUCAGAUGCUGAGAGCGAUCUUUCUGUUGAUGACCUUGUGAAAUUAGUAGCUGAGAAGGAAGAACUGGUAAACUCUAAACAGAAGGAGAUUGAACAGUUAAAGGAUAAAGUUCUUCGCAGCUAUGCAGAAAUGGAGAAUGUCAUUGAUAGAACAAAGCGUGAAGCAGAGAAUUCAAAAAAAUUUGCAAUUCAGAACUUUGCCAAGAGCUUGUUAGAUGUUGCUGAUAAUCUAGGGCGUGCUUCAUCUGUUGUCAAAGACAGCUUUCAAAAGAUAGAUCCUACAAAGGAUUCCUCUGGGGCAGUUCCACUUUUAAAAACGCUUUUGGAGGGUGUUGAGAUGACAGAUAAACAGCUUAUUGAGGUGCUCAGAAAAUUUGGAGUCGAGAAGUUUGAACCUAUAGAUGAAUCUUUCGAUCCAAAUAGACAUAAUGCUGUUUUUCAAGUGCCCGAUGCUUCAAAGCCACCCGGUACCGUUGCUGUUGUCUUGAAGUCAGGAUACACAUUGUAUGACCGGAUUAUUCGCCCGGCUGAAGUUGGUGUCACGGCAGCUGCUCCUGGCAAUGAAGCGGAAUAGAACUCUGGAGCAUAAAAGCUACUGGCGUCAAGAAUUGAACAUAUUUUUAUACAUAGGUUAGUUGCCAGGGAAUUUGUAAAAUUCGAACGUUUGGCCUACUAUUGGUCUUGUAACUUAAAACUGCCGUUCUGUUGCUGGGAGGGGAAUUUUGAGUUGAGGCCCUAGAUAUACCAUGUCUUUUGAGGUUAUUUGAUUCCAUUUUAACAUAA